AUCUUGUAAGUGUUCUAAAAGAAGCUUCUUGCCCUCCUCUUCGCUCACCAUGGACCGCUCGGCGCAGGAACUGUUUCUCAACUUCAUGAUCGUCCUUAUCACUGUGCUUCUGAUGUGGCUACUGGUGAAAACUUACCAGGACUGAAACAUGGAGCCACGAGGCGAGAGGAAAGCAGGAGGCGGAGGGAACAAAGGGAGAGAUGGAGAGAGCUGGUUCUAGAUGUCUAAAUACAGCGUUUACAUUUUUUGAGUCUUUUUAGUCUAUGAAAUCAUAAGAAGACCUAUGCACAGUUUCAGUCUUCAUUUAGGGUCAAAUAUUCUAUUUAUGUAUCUGCUGUCUGAGAUACAUGAAGUUUCUAAAGUUAUAAAAAAGGUGGAGAAGCAUUAAAGAGAUGGGAGUGUGAUAAAAAUAAAAAACAACGUACAAGCAGCAUAUGUCAUAGACCUGGUCAUAUAAUUUUAGGCACACUAAGGUAUUUUUGUCAUCUGUUUUGUUUUAUUGACAUUAUGUGUGCUUACAUAUGUUCCUUAAACUCUUCCGCUUGUGGGUUUUUGUUUCAUUACACCAGCUAGUUAUAUCUCAUUAAUGAUGUCUUUUCUGCUUGUGCUUUCUUAAACUAGAUUUUAUUAUUUUUAAAAAAGUGUGUUUUGUUUGACGGGUACAGACAGAGCAGAUAAUACAGAUCAGAUCAUUUUUAUCUACCAAAAGCACAAGAACCAGGGCAUGCAUAUCACAUGAAAAUCCAUCCAUCCAUUUUCUAACACGCUUGUCCCUAGUGGGGUCAGGAGGGGUGCAGGUGCCUAUCUCCAGUUCCGGGGGAGAGGCGGGGUACACCCUGGACAGGUUGCCAGUCUGUCACAGGGCAACAAAGAGACAGACAGGACAAACAACCAGGCACACACACACACUCACACAUAGGGAGAAUUUAGAGAGACCAAUUUACCUAACAGUCAUGUUUUUGGACUGUGGGAGGAAGCCAGACUUCACAUGAAAGUGAUGGAGCAAAAUAAAAGCACGCUGUUUAAUGUCAAUGUUGACAUGACAUUUCCCCCCCCCAAUCAUUUUAGAUGAACCAUUUCACAUCACUUUCUAACUGCCCAGAAAAUGUUUUAUAGCAGAAAUUACAAGGAGCAUAUAUGACUAAGAAAGACUCAAUGUAUAGAUAUCUAUUUUCAGUGAUUGUUAGAUAAAUUCAGCAGUUAGUAUUUGCCUUGUGUUUAGGCCUUUAGUGCACGUUAUGAACUGCUGCUAGUAUAUGAAUCAUUUAGGGCUGAAAAACAACCAAAUGAUAGCAGAAAAAAGCUAUCCGUUAUUAGACUAAAUAAAGUUUUCUUCUGUAGGAGA